UAAGUUAAAGUGAGAUAAAUAUAGGUUUUUUCACUCUAGCUUAUUGCAUCAGUUCAGCAGUGCAGUUAUAAAGAACAAACUAUUUAGUUCGGCUCCGUGGCGGUUGAAUAUGGUUCCUGUAACUACUCAUAUUUUUUGGUCGUGGGGAUUAUGUACGCGCGUUGUCCCUGUUUUUCUUUUACCUUCAUACUAUUGAAAAUGGCCUAUGGACAAAGCUGAAUGCAGUCCGGAACCAUAAGUGAUCUGACUGAACAGUUUAUGUUUGAUACGAUAUCAUGGAAUGUGUUGCGAAUUGUUUAACAAAUUUUUGUAACAAAUUGCUUUAUACGUCAUUGAAUGUUUAUAGUAUUUUAUAUGUUAUAAUUGACAGCGAUGUUGGUUACUAUUGAUUCUGUGAUAUAUUUAUGUCUUGUAGCGAUCCUAUGGGGCGUAACUAAUCCAUUUAUUAAGAAAGGUGCACAAGGCUUAGAGGAUGUCAAGGCUAUGUCUGUUUAUGGGCAAUUUAUCCAGGAAAUUUUGUUUCUUGUGACUAACUUAAAGUAUAUUUUGCCUUUUCUUCUUAAUCAAUGUGGCUCAGUAUUAUAUUAUUUAACUCUGCAGAGUACAGAUAUAUCUCUUGCUGUACCUGUUUCAAAUUCCCUUACUUUUGUAUUCACUGCAAUCACAGGCUGGUUUUUGGGUGAAGAGAAAGUACAUAGAAAUACAUAUAUGGGAAUGAUACUUAUAUUAUGUGGAACAAUAUUAUGCUGUUGGGAUAAGAUAAAAGAAAUUGUAGAAUUGAUAUCACCUUCUACACUUGGUUUCGAAGAAGAAUAAAAAGUCCAAGACUGUACCAAAGUGGAAACAGAUAUAUUAAUUUAUUAUGUAUAA